AUGUCGGCGGCCGCGCGCAGACGUCAGGCAGCUGGCGUGAAAAGAGAAGCUCCCUCCGCCGCUGAAGUAGCCGCCCAAGCUGGCGGAGAUGAGGAACCGGGCAUGGCGGCGCCCCCGAGCCUUUCCUCCUGCCUCAAGCUGCUGGCGGCUGCUUUCUACGGUUUCAGCUCUUUCCUCAUCGUGGUGGUGAAUAAGAGCGUCCUCACCAGCUACGGAUUUCCUUCCUCACUGUGUGUGGGACUAGGCCAGAUGCUGGCUACUGUAGUUGUCCUUUGGGUGGGAAAGGCACUCAGGGUGGUGAAGUUUCCAGAUUUUGACAGACAUAUACCUCGAAAGACUUUUCCACUACCUCUUCUCUAUUUUGGGAACCAAAUCACAGGACUGUUCAGCACAAAGAAAUUGAAUCUGCCAAUGUUUACAGUCCUGAGACGGUUUUCCAUUCUGUUUACAAUGUUUGCAGAAGGAAUCUUACUCAAGAAAAAAUUUUCUUGGGGAAUUCGGAUGACAGUAUUUGCGAUGAUAAUUGGUGCAUUUGUGGCUGCAAGUUCUGAUUUGGCAUUUGAUCUAGAAGGUUACAUUUUUAUCUUGAUCAAUGAUGUCUUGACAGCUGCAAAUGGUGCUUAUGUAAAACAGAAACUAGAUUCAAAGGAGCUGGGAAAAUAUGGUCUCCUUUAUUACAAUGCACUAUUCAUGAUUCUUCCUACUUUGGGCAUUGCCUACUUUACAGGAGAUGCACAAAAGGCAAUGGAAUAUAAAGGUUGGGCAGAUACCCUCUUCCUUGCACAGUUUACACUCUCCUGUGUAAUGGGGUUUAUUCUGAUGUAUUCAACAGUACUUUGCACUCAGUAUAAUUCUGCUCUUACAACUACAAUAGUUGGUUGUAUUAAGAAUAUAUUAAUAACUUACAUAGGAAUGUUCUUUGGAGGAGAUUAUAUUUUCACAUGGACAAACUUUGUAGGAUUAAAUAUUAGUAUUGCUGGAAGCCUGGUAUAUUCAUACAUCACCUUUACAGAAGAACAAAUGAGUAAACAGUCUGAAGCUAGCAUCAAGAUGGACAUUAAAGGGAAAAGCUCUGUAUGACAAAAGGCAUACUUACCAGAGUAACUCUUGCUUUUUAACAAGAUGUGCUGACAAAUCAAUGUAAUAUGCAGUCUCUUUGAAUGGAAUUGGAUGGCUACUUUGUAUUUGCACAAUCUGAAGAUUGUCACAUUUGGAAUCAAUUAUUUAUACUGGACUGCACACAUACAAUGUAAAGAUUGCAUUUAGGCUGCAAGGAAAAUAUAUAUAUCCACACCCACCCAUACACACAUAUGCCUUGCAUUUGUUUGUGCAUCAAAACUACUUCAAGUGUAAUAGGAUUAAUAAUCUCAACUGCAGCAAAAAUUGCAUUUGAUUGGUUGCAGCAAGAAAAUGUAUCAUUGAAAUCAAACAAGCCUAUUGUUUAAACUCUCAUGGCUUUGGCUUGUUGAACCCUCCAACUUUAACUACAUUUUCCUUGAAGUCAUGCAAUCUGUAUAAAUGAAAUGUAGUUCCUACAUUUUGCUGCAAGAAGCUGUGUAUAAGUGAUAAGAGGAUAUUCUGAGGUGCAGUUUGUGGGAAAGGUGGACCUAUACCCACAAUCAACAGAAAUGUUAUCCAAACAAAUUUGGGACUUGUUGAUGUCCCGUUGAUUUUUUUUUCCUGAACCUAAUGAAGCACUUUUAAGUGUGUGUUACAUGUUGUUUGUGUAUCUUGGCCAGAAUUACUAUUUGUAAGGCCUCAUCAACUGAUCAGUAGCUGUUACAGAUAAGGAGUAGAUAAAUGUUCUAAAGAACAAGGUUUUAAACACUGUUUCUCACAGAGAAAUGAGAAGAGCAAGCUACAGUGCUAAAAUAAUAUUUUUUUUCUUCCCAGUAGCAGGCUUCCUUUUAUUUAGUUAAUUUUUUUUCUAUGCAAUUGGUGUGGGUUUUUUUUAAUAUCAUUGGUUUCUUUUUUAAAAGUUCAUUGCUUCUUAAAAGACUAUGUUAUAAAUGUGAGUUUGCAAUUCUGUGAUUUAAGUGUUUUGAAAUGCACAGUUAUUUCUGAAGAAAAUAGUUUUGCAAACUUUUAUUGAAACUUUUUGUACAUAGAAAAGCAUGCUGUUGGAAGUUCUUCCUCCUUAUGCUCCCGGUCUGUCAUUUCAGCUGUGGUUUGUCAACUCUAGUUUCCUUUUUUGAAAUGGGUUCACGCAUCAUGCUAAACCGACAAACAGGCUCCUUUCAUUUUGAAGAAAGUGAAGCUGCUGGGCAUGCAUGUUGAUGUGGAGAUAAGCAGAAGCUGUUUUCAAAGGAGCCACACAAGCCUUGCAAGUGAAACUUUUUUUUUCUGUUUGAGGUCUUCAUAUGUCCUCCCAUGUGUUGCAAAGCAAAUAAGUCAGAUUCACAAUGUA